AUGGAGGAGUACAUCCAGGGCCUCAGCUCCGACCCCGAUCUGGUGGUUUCUGAUGCCGUCAAGGAACGCUAUCGGCGACAGAAGGGGCGGUGCAUCGAGAAGGCUCAAUCCGACAUCGCGGCGGCCAAGGAUGAGAUAACCAUCCGAGAGAUCGAUCGACAGCGUAAGCAGGCGGCUGAGGAUUUGAAGAAGGCUGCUGCGGCUGAGGAGGUGCAGGAGAUGGAGAUGGAGCCUGCGAUUGGGGAGAUUCUAGCUAUGCAAGCCAAGAAGAUUGAAGACAAGCUUUCGCGGGAGAUUACGCAGAAGCUUGAGGCCAAGCUAUCUAAGCAGCUGCAGAAGAAUCUUCACGUUGGGGAGCAGAACCCUUCGCAGGCCGCAUCCGCUGAAAAGAAGCAAACGGCACAACCUGGGAGGCAGGACGGUGCGCCUGGGAAGCCUAAGCCGAAGAAGAAGCGGGGUGGUAAGACUCCAAAGAAGCAGAAUUCCGGCGCCGACAAAGAGCAGCAGGCGAAAGGCCCUACUACAUCGAAGGCCAAGGGACCAAAAAACGGCGGAGGCGGCCCCGGAAAAGGGCCGCACAAGAAGUGA